UGAGGAGAGAAAAGCCUUGAAAGUGUUCGCGGCUCUUUCGACGAGCGACGGGUCAUGGAGGCAGAUCCUGUGGAAGGGGACGGGUAUGGUAGCAGCCACCGCGAAGGAACCGGUGGGUCUUCCCCACCGCUGAGCGGACUCACCGCCUCUCAGCGGCGGGCCGAGAUCCGCCGACGAAAGCUCCUGAUGAACUCGGAGGAGCGGAUCAAUCGCAUCAUGGGCUUCAAUCGGCCAAAGGCGGAAGAUGAUACUCAUUCAGAAACUAAGCUUCAACUGGAACUGGAUAAACCAAUUUCCCUUCCUACUCUUGUUUCCAAACGGAUUGUGCUUGGUGAUACAGUCUGCAACUUAUCAGGAACGGCUGAUCACACAAGCAGUUUAGCAGAGCACAAAGGAGAAAAAAUAGACUUAUUUAGCAAAGCUCAUGAAGUUGGUAGUGAUGGCAGCAGUGACCUCCGGCAACGCAAUAGAGGGGAACUGUUGGACGUUCCACAGCGAGCACCACGCCAUGGAUUAGAUCAGUAUUUAUCAAGGUUUGAUGAAGCGAUGAAGCUUAGAAACCAGCUGAUGAAUGAGAAGCCAAGUCAAGAAAAUGGAAGCAUUGUGGAGGAAUUUGAUUCCUUUCACAUUUUUAGAUUGGUGGGCUGUGUACUCCUUGCUAUUGGCGUUAGAGCUUUUGUAUGCAAAUAUUUGUCAAUAUUUGCUCCAUUCCUUACUUUACAACUUGCAUAUAUGGGACUGUCGAAGUAUUUCCCUAAGAGUGAAAAGAAGACAAAAACUACAGUAUUAACUGCUGCUCUUUUAUUGUCUGGGAUCCCUGCAGAAGUAAUUAGUCGUUCCAUGGACACUUACAGCAAAAUGGGAGAUGUCUUUACAGACCUUUGUGUUUAUUUCUUUACUUUCAUUUUCUGUCAUGAACUGCUUGUGUUUUUUGGCUCAGAAGUGCCAUGAUAAUAGCUGUGGGAUUCAAUACAUCAGCGGGACUAUUUUAGUCUUGAGUUCAUCCACAUCCCUCUGUAAAUAUACAAACAGGGUUAAAUGUUCAUGGUUCUUUAUUCUUUCUUAAUUCAUUACACUUUAAUCACAGCUAUGAAGGAAAAGCUGCAUUCCCAACUAUGAGGGUGAAUUAUUACAGGUUAGAUACAGUAUCAUAUGUGUGAUCUCAAACAUGGAAGACAGAGUAACAAUGUUUCAAAAGCAGGCCUUUCCUGCUAUUAAGGAAGACAUUAAUUUUCCCACUAUUGCAGAUGCCACCUUGUACUUUAAUAUUUCUCUUUGGACAUGAAACCCCAAGAUAACUAAGGUAUUGUGUGGUUGACUGAAUUACAUUUUAUGGCUUUGUUCCAGAAUACUUGUCUACAGAACUUAUAUUGAAGCUCCUGUUGAGCAAAAGGUGGGAAAGCUAUUUUGGCCUGUUCCUCCAUUUCAUGUGCCCCUCAAAACACUGGGAUAAGUACCCUCUGCAAGAUCAUAAAGGGCACAGACAGUUGAAAGGGGUGCUUCUCUUCCUCCCAUCAGAAGCCCGUUCUUAAAAAAUGACCUUUUCCACAAAUGGAAAGAGAUGUACUGUGGAUCAAUCCAAAAUGAUUUCUUAAGAUCAUUCCUCUGUGUUAAUAUUUGUCACUUCAAUAUACUAGUUCAUACUUUGAGCAAGUGGCAUAUGCUGAUAAAAAUGCUGAUAAAAUUCAGAGGCUUCUGGUUUUAGUAAUGUAAUUAGACUCAGUCAAAUUAUUUUUUUGUUGUCUUCAUUACAAGUGGUAAUGUUCUGUUGAUAAUAUAGAAAGCUGAAGUUAAAAAUAGCAGUGCAUUGACAUUUGUGCACAUUCCCAUUUGAAUUGGAAUCUUUCUACUUUUGUUUACAUGAAUUAUGAAUAUGCUGCAUUAAAUGGACACUGAAGAUUGAAAUACUGGUCUUUGGGUUAUUAGCCCUUUGAACAGUUAAGUGUCACCAGUUUUAUUCAUCUCUGACAUUUCAGUCAAUGUUAGAUUUUUUUCUUUGUAUGACAAGUUAGGUUAAACUUUGGUAUCUUAUCCCAUAUAUUUUCUUUUCAAGAAUAUGUGCAUGUGAUGUUUAGCAUCUUUACCUAAACACCAAGGUACACUGCAGGGCAAGAAGGUGCAAAUUAGUAUUUUGCCCCAAUGUUAGUCAAGUGUUUAAUAUGCAUACUAUUUUAGAAAACAGGUAGCUGAAAAUAUGGUCUGUUUAUAUAGUAGAAUGCUAAUUUUAAAAUAUAUAAAUUGGUUCUUAUAAACCCAUCUGAAAACAAAGUAUCAUCCACUGAAGUUAGCAAAUCCUGAUGUUCCUUUUUGAAAUAUUUUGUUUCUUGGCCUUCUCUAUAGUCAAGCCUUAACUCAGUUUUAAAAUUGGUACCCUUUUAUAGUUUUGUAAUUAUACAAGCAAUUUCCCAUGUUAUGUAGCCAGUCACAAUAGCUAUAAAUCAUAAAAUGUGGCAGACUUUAUUAGUUAAUCUUAAUUUGCAUUAGAUUUUAUGACUUCAUUAUGGUCUGAAGGAGAUGUGUCAUGUAUCUGCAAUCCUUUCUUAUGUUACAGUUCUUCCCUAUCUUCAUCUUGUCACUGUUAUGUAUAUGUAGCCCAUUCUCAGUAGCCGUAAGUGGUUCUAUCUUGCAAAGAUUUGGAAAUUAAUCAAAGACAGAAAUUAUACUAGUGGAACAUUUUCACUAUUCUGAAAAAUGAGAUUACUUUUUUCUUAGAUUUUAAUUUUUGAAGUGUCUGCUGUCAAGUAGCUUGACUUAAACUGGAAAUAUCUUUUGCUUUGCCUACAAUUAUUACAGAUAAUUUAAUUUUACAGGCUAAAUUAAAACAUAACUGGGUUUUUAAAGACUUGAUAGAAAGUUAAAUUGAUUCUUCCUUUGUAAUGGACUCAUAAGUUUCCUUACAUUGUAAUUUCAGUGAUUGCAUUUACUGAACCAAAAUUUACCACUGCUCCUUGGAAUAGGUGUUUUGGAGACCAAGUCAUGGCUGAAAUACACAAAGAAAUGUGCAUAUUUUGGCAAUGCAGUUUCACUCGGUUUAAAAAACAAAUUUGACUCUUUACAAUAUGAAUUAUAAUGGAAACACCUUGAAAAAAGUCUAUUUUUAGGUUUUUGCACAUUUAAUUUUUCUAAAUUCCUAUAAUUUAUAUUUUUGAUGAUGGACCUUCAAAUAUUGAUAAAAUAGCAUAAAUCUAAGAUCUUGUUUGAUAUAUUUUUUACUUCAAAAAGCAAAUGUAGGUAUAGAAUUAUCAAUCCCAACUCUUGAUAUUUUGAUAGUAUCUUAGGCAUUUUUGUCCAAUGACUGCCAUGGUGAAUAUGGACAUUUCUGACACUUAAAUCUUAUCUAAGUUCCAGGUACAGGAUAGACUGUUUUUGGAUAGUGAUUCUAGAAGAUGCAAAAAAAAAGCACUCAUUCCAUAGAAGAUAAAA